UACCAAACAAAGCAGCAAGACCGACGCGCUGUGGGCCACCGCAUAAAGGGUUUUCUUCGUGAAUGUCCUAUCAUCAAUUAAGGUAGGAACAAGAUGGCGUCAUCCGUUCCGUUAGACGCAGCCAUACCUUGUCCUGUGUGCAAUGCAAAAGAAGUAACAGUUACUCAUUCCCAGCCCUUGGAAGUUCAAAACUUGAAUAUUACUCUACCAAGCACGGGGGAGACGAUCUCCUUUCAGACAGCCACUGAGACGUUUAUUCGAGAGCAUUACCCGGAUUUAAAUACAACUACUUACCGUGUGCCCUCCGCUUUCUUCUACGACCACAAAGGGGAUCUGGAUCUGCAGACCAACGAAGACAUCCUGAACGUCACUGACCACUCAAGGUCAAGGGGCUCAGCCAAGCGGUCGCCGAAAGAGGUGGUCAAAGAUCGCUUCCAGAAGGACGCUGUCGAGAAAGUGGUCCGGCGAUUUCACACCUGGGGAGCCGGUCGAGGAGAAGGCAUGUUGAUCCUCAGCGAGUACAAGAUCCAGGACUAUCUGCGACUAGCAACGAGAGCUGCUCAGGCUGGAAGAAAGAACAGGGAGAAAUUGGUCGGCGACCACGACGUUAUGGUGAUCCACUUCCAGAGUGGAGUCGUGGUGUUUGUUCAGGUAAAAAGCGUGCAGGAGACAAGUGCAUGGAAGACCAUUCGCGGAAAGCUCAAGAACGCCUGGGAGCAAACCAUAAAAGACGAAGCUGCCUUCCGAGAAUUAAACGCUGACAUAGGUGACAUCACCUCAAAGGUGCCCGUGCUACGGUUAGUUGCUCUUCCUGAGCUAUCCAGCACUCACUUGACAAGUAUGGCUGUUUGUGACCUGCACACAGCAAGAGUCCUGACCAAAGAAAUAUUGGGAUCUGCUUCUGCUUUCGAUACAUGGCUCAGUGAACAUCUGAGUUUCGCAAAACAGCAGAUAGGCGAGCCAGGAUUCUCUCUGGAGGAGUACACGCAACUAUGUGGUAGAUACGUCGGGUUAGCCUCAGUGGUUAGAAUACGUACUCUCACUGACGCCGUGAAGAAGGCAAGUGCUAAGACGGGGAAGAUUCUUCUGACUCCAGAUCAGAGAGAGAUAAUCACGACAGGAAAUAGGCGGCAGAUAAUUAUGGGAGAGUAUGGUACAGGGAAAUCACUGGUCUUGGCUAAGAUGGCAGAGAGAAUCGUGGGAGAAGACAAAAGAGGCUGUACAGGUGGAGAACCAGAGCAGAUGGUCUUCAUCGUGUCAUGUACAGGUGUUUCUCACACCCGCACGAUGGGUAGGCUACGCCAAUCUCCUUGUCACCUAGUAGCUCAUCUGAGAAGCCUGAUCUCUGACCAGUCGUCGUCUUUGAAGGUCAUGUCAGUAGCUGAUCUCUUCCUCUAUUGCUUCCCCGAGUGCGAUCCCUAUCUCCAGCGACUCGAUCCCGCCGAGAUGGCACAGUUAACUCGAAAGGUCAUGUCAUUACAUCCAACAGUGCCAAUUCACAUUCUGUGGGACGAGGUUCCGUUUGUCCCGAAGUGGGACUGGACCCCACUAAAAGAUCUUGGUGAGGAGCACCCGGAGACCUUUAUCUGGCUCACCAUAGCAACGGGCACUUACAUCUCAAUGGACUCCGGAAACCCGACCUUUCGUGUCUCCGAGAGAUUGCCUGGCAACUUUACCGUGUCGCUGCUCACCCGAUGCAUGCGGAUGACGCGGAACGGGUUUAAUUUCUACCGGGCUCUGCAGGAUUACCUUGGGGAUAAAGGCUGCAGCUCAACCACCAGUGGAAAUGCAGUGCCUGGCUGUAUUCCUCUGUGGUAUCCCAUGGAAGACUGUGUCUGCAAAACUACAGACCCUCUUAAAUGUACAUGCAUCGAGGCGCGACUCACCCGCACGCUAAAGCGCGUGUGGGGCCAUCUGAAGGACAUAAACCCGUCCCAGGUCUCGAUCGUCGUUCGCGACAGCAAGGAUCAAAUCGACAAAUUUCUGUUCACGAAUGUCAAGAAAGCCUGCGAAUGCCUUAACAUUCCCUCGGAACAGUGCUCCCCGUCAAACCACUCUACUCCAGAGUUAAAAAAAGAAGAUUCACCAACCCCGAAGUGUCAGAUCGUGGACAUUUUCAGCUACAAAGGUUGCGAGAGCCCUGUGGUAAUAUUCGUUACGUCAUACGGCUGGCCACUGGUCUGGGACCACCACGGUGGGCGGCACGGUUGGGACGACAUCUCCCCACAGAUCUCACGCGCGCUGGGCCAGAUUAUUCUCAUCUCCUGGCCGAACAAAGAGAUGGACCACUUCAGUAGAGAUGCUGUGCUCAACAUGAUCUCAUCCUACUCAGACUUCCCGCUACCGGUGGGCGACGAGGAAGCAGAAUUCUUGAAAACAAUGAUUGGGAAAUUUGAGGAGGUGCUGACCCUCUAUUCCAGGGACGAUCACACAAACUAUCUGGACAUCCUUGCGGAGAAAGGGGUUCUAAUGAAAUGUUGGUCGUAGUGCCGCUUGUUACAAUAAAGCCAUCAGGUUUUAGCUGGAUUUUUGUAUCUCACGAAAUAAGAGAGCAAAAUAUAAUUGUUUGCUUUGCUCAUGUAUUAACAGUUGAAAAGAGCAGCAGAGGAGACGUAAAGUCAUAGACCUGCCUUUGGUUGAAGAAAUAAUAAUGACUAGUGAAGGGAAUCCGAGUCCAUUCAGCUUGUUCAGAACAAUGAAAUAAAGUGACUGAUAAAACCGUCCGAUAGGCACAUAAGGCGUUAUUUCCAGGGCAUAUACGAAUAAUUCUGGGCUUACGAAAAAGUUAAGGAUUUACGAAAAUACUACAAAUGUGCACAGUUUUUGAAGCUUCGGCUUCGCUCUUUGAUUCGCCCGCGCUUCACAUCAGCAUGAAAAUCAGUGCAAAGCUCCAGCGCUCACCAGAGCGAUGGAAUUGGUGCUGGUGCCUACGGUAGUGCUAAUCUGAUCCAGGAUCAAAGAUAGUGAACAGGUCAACAACAGCGGUAAAUCUAGUAGACAGAGGAAGAUAAAUGGGCAGGGUGAGUGUAAAGGCCGGUUCUUCGGCUCGAUAGCGAAUAGGAACGGGAAAUUGUGACGUCAGAGCAAGACUUUCUCGUGCUUCGGAUUCAGAAAGUUAAACACAAUUUCAGCAUGAGCUCGUUUUUACUGCAAAUGCUUUGUGACGUCAACUUCGGUUCGCUAUGACGUACGAAGUUCAACUGGCCUCUUCUAAAGGCGUGACGAACGAGGAAGUCUGUGUCGUGAUUGUAGAGAAUACCAUCUGGCGUCCCCAGAAAAUCAAGAAUGCAGUAAGAAUAAUUGGUGUUCCUUUUACUAUUUUCCCCAACAUUUUACGAGUUACCUGAUAUUCACCAGCAGCUGAAGGGGCGGGACUAUUGCCCAGCUCUCCCCAAUCUGAUUCUGAGCGAUAUCGGUUUUGAUACCAAAACCUGUUUGCCACAAUAAAGGUGUCAUUACAUCCAACACCAUCCUAUGAGUAUAAUUAUCUCAGAGUUGCCAAAAAGAACAGACUAUUAUUUUCGUUUACUCACGAGAAACCCGGCUCAGUCACCUGACUCCUAUUAUCUGACGGUAGGAGGGGAUGAGGUCAUUUCCACUUUAUCAGUUGCAACUGAAUUCACUUAUUUGUUCGGUAUGAAUUGAUGAUUGAUUUGUAUAUGCUUUCAUCUAUUCCCUGCCUAGGGUACCGUUCAUGACCACUUUCUUCUAAUGUUAAACUUUCUAUGUUUUGCGUCUGUUUUUGAUUAUGUUAAAUCAAGUUUAUUUCGUCCAUAAAAAGCCCAGCGGCGUGAUUUGGAAUGACAAUUAUUCAUGUGCGGGUAGGCUUUGAUACAGACAGAAAUUAAGAGACGUUAUUACAUUACACAAUGGGUCGGCUCUCGUCUGUGAAGAAUAACAGGUCGUAUUUUAUUGGUUAUUACACGAGUGCGAGUAGAACAAGGAAUAAUGUAUUGCGUCUGUGUCACGUAUACAACGUUCGUUUGUGUCAACCAUAGAGCUUAUAGUAAAGCUGGAGGUGUCCGGCCUGUUCUUGUACGCUACGCCAAGUUUGCGCAAGAACAGGGCGACAUGAUGUUCCAAGACCAUACAUGCGUGAAGGCGUCUACGAGGUUCACAGUUUGUUAGUGCGUAAUGUAUCAAUUUUACGUUCCCCCUGGCGCGUCACCUCUAGCUCUACUUAGGAUCUCUAUGGUGUCAACCAAAGAUAGUAUAGAGCCGCAUGAAGGGGGUUUAAUCACUCAAAUCUCAUGGUUUCGUUAUUGAUGUAGCGUAUAAAAGGAAAUUAUCAUAGCAUGAAUCAAAAGCCUUCUCGUAUGUUUCGAAAAGCACAGUUGAGCAUGCUUAAAACUAAAAGAGCCGUUUAUACUGUCUCCGUGCUGGCUUACUAACGAAUUAGUAGCAAGGAUGCGCGUCAGAUGGCAAGGGGAGCGCCAGGAAAAAUGGAAAUUUAAAAAAGUGAAAGAAGUUUUUGAAAAGAAAUAAAAAGGGGGGAAUGAACUAAUUUGCUAAAAAAAAAUAAAAGGCUCAAAAUGGACGUUCUCCUAUUUAUAAGAAUUUCUCAGUUCAAUGUUGAGUAUUCUUUCUUUUUUUUUCUUCUGGUACAGAAGAAGAGAUUAUUGACAUUGUAAAUAGCUUGCAUAAACAAAUUUAGUCCUGGUUUAAAUUAAAUUAGUACAUGUUGUUCUUUACUGUAACAAGCUGUAACGGCUAUCACUAGGCCUGUAUAUAUCAUUCAUCUGUAACUUCUCUAUGUCAAGUGGUGUAGUAACGGCUUGAAGAUUGCUAGAGCAAUCCAGCAGUGGUCAAUAAAUAUCGCCCAAUCUCGAUGUUAUGUAUAAUCUAUAAUCGCAUCUUAGAAUGCUUAGAAAAGCAAAAUAACAUCUGAUCAUCAGUAUGGUUUUGGGGCAGCUCAUUCAACUAUGCAUGCGGGAUAUUUAACUGAUCGCUAAGAUAGCUACUUGCCUAGAUUACAGCUUCCUGUGUCAAAGCAAGUAGAUCUUUCAAAGGCCUUCGGUACGGUUGAUCACGGUAUUCUUCUGUGUACACUUCAGUACUCUGGAAUUAGGGGGUUGCCUAGGAUUGAUUUAGAAAUGUCUGUCUAAUCUUUCUACUCGACAGCAAUUCGUGGUAAUCAUGGUACCAAAUCAUCACAAUUAUGUGGUGUUCAUAAAGACUCUAUCCAGGGUCCCUCCAUUUUAAAAAAAAUCUAUUUACAUCAAUGAUUGAACUUCGAAUAUCAAUCCUUCAUUUUUUCUGCUGAUGACGGUACCAUAUUUAUAGUCACGGUGAUGUAAACCUACUUUGUAACACAGUUAAUCAUGAGAUAAGAAAGAUAUCUACUUUAAUUAAAGCGAAUAAGUAAGCACUCAAUACAACAAAGACUAAUCUUAUGUCGUUUAGCAGUAAAAAGCAUCACCUACCCACUCGAAUUUAUGUUGAAGAUACAAAGAGUACAAAACCUGCUACAACAAAAUUGUUAGGAUAACAGGUAUAGAUGACCGCUUAACUUGGAAUAAACACAUUCAGCCAUAUUCCUCAAGUUAUUUCAAGAAAAAUAUAGGUAUUGUUUCAAAGUUAAAUUUGAUCUUUCUUUACAAUAUCGUAUUAACUUUGUAUGAGGUAACAGUAGUAUUAGUAAUCUUAAUCGAAUCCUCAAAUCAAAGAAAAAGUUCUGCUUAUUAUUGAUAAUUCUAAUUGUUAUGAACCUAGCAUUUUUCUCUUUCAUGUGUCUAAUAUGUUAAAGAAAUUUAUUCUGUCUAACUGUGCUCCCUUAUGCACCAACUGAAACAAUAACAAAUUGACCAAUUCAAUUCGGUCACUUUUUACAGAAAAUGAAGGAAUCCACAAUUAUUUUACACGGCAACAUCAUGAAUUCCAUUUGUCUCAUGCACGGACUGCAUUCUCUAAAACUACUGGGGCCUAAGCAGUGCAGCUCAAUUGAUAAUGCAUUGAGAAAAAAUGCCAGUCCCUCUAUGUUUACGCGUAAAUAUAACUAUAAAUUAUUAAAUAACUAAUUCAGAUAUAUUAUCAUAGGGUUACAGUCACAUGUUACUGUACGUAUAUCAUUCGAUCUACAUGCACCUUACUUUUUCUAGUUAAUUUGUAAUGAUGUUUUUCAGUAGUUGUAUAUUGUUAUUGUUAUGAGUGUCUGUGUGGCCUUCCCUCGACGAGCAAUGCCUCUUGGGCGUCUCCACCCAUCAACUUCAUGUGUAUACCAUCUUUAACUCUUCAUAUUAUGUGGAAAAUGAAGUGAAGUGAAGCGAAUUGAAGUGAAGUGAAGUGAGUGCUGCCCCCACAAAAACGUGGUUUGUCUGCACUACUGAAAAAUAUCCUGACAACACCCGUACCAGUAAUUAGGUUCCCUUCACGUUUAGUUCUGAUUGUUUGAAUAUCCAUCCUAAACUCUAGUAGAAGCUCGUUGAUUGGUUAACUAAGGGAAGCUACGAAGGCGCCAAAGUUCUCGAGACUUCUUUCAAUCUUGAUGUAUUUCGCAUACAGUGCUAUACAAAGAUGAAAACAAACGAAUUUUCAUUUCAUUGCAAAUUUAUCACAAAAUGACAUUCACCCAAUAGUUUUAA